GUUGGUGGGGUAACUCCACAGUAAACACACCCUGUCUGAGCAGAGCAGAAAUAUCUUUAAAAUCUCCUGAAGUUUCACACUUUACUCAUCUGGAUUAACGUUUACAGCAGGACAGAGUUUCUCUGAGUGUGUGAGUGUGUGUGAGUGUGUGUGAGUGUGUGUGAGUGUGUGUGAGAGCGUGUGAGAGUGUGAGAGUGAUGGCGGAGGCCCACCAGGCCGUUGCGUUCCAGUUCACCAUCACUCCUGAGGGCUUCGACCUGCAGCUCUCUCGACAGGCCCUUAAUCAGAUCUACAUCUCCGGCCUGCGCUCCUGGAAGAAACGCAUCAGCAGAGUGAAGAAUGGUGUGCUGAAGGGCGUGUACCCUGCGAGCCCCUCCUCCUGGCUGUUUGUUGCCGUGGUGACGCUGGCCACCCUGUAUGCCGAGUCUGACCUCUCCAUGGGCCUCAUCUCUAAGAUCCAGGAUCACCUGCCUCUCAGUGUGUCCCUGAGCGCUCAUGGACAGACGAUGUUGUCGGCGUUGUUGUUCAGCACUCUGUUAUGGUUCUCGCUCGUCCUCACGCUGCGCUUCUGUCUCAAGCUCCUCCUGUCCUACCACCGCUGGAUGUUCGAAAAGCACGGACACAUCUCCACCACCACCAAGCUCUGGGUGUCUAUGGUGAAGUUGCUCUCCAGCAGGAAGCCGUUGUUGUACAGUUAUCAGAGUUCGUUGCCGCACCUGCCUGUACCUCCUAUCAGAGACACACUGCAGAGAUAUCUGGAGUCUGUGCGCCCGCUGCUGAGCCCCACUGAGUUUGAUGGCAUGAAGCAGCUGGCUGAUGAUUUUGAGAAGAAUUUGGGAACACGUCUUCAGACCUACCUGAAACUCAAAGCUCUGUGGGCCACUAAUUACGUGAGUGACUGGUGGGAGGAGUAUGUUUACCUGCGAGGGCGGAGCCCCAUCAUGGUCAACAGUAACUACUAUGGAAUGGACUUCCUGUAUGUAACACCGACAACUAAGCAGGCAGCUCGAGCAGGAAACACCAUCACGGCCCUUUUACUGUACCGCCGCAAAGUCAACCGAGAGGAGCUUAACCCUAGUCGUGUUCCUGGGACAGUCAUCCCUCUGUGUGCAGCUCAAUGUGAACGGAUGUUUAACACCACACGCACUCCAGGAGAGGUGACAGAUACACUGCAGCACUGGCAGGACAGUGAGUUUGUGGCAGUGUACCACAGGGGGCGCUAUUUCAGGCUGUGGGUUUACUCUGCCGGCCGUCUCCUCUCUCCCCGAGAGAUCCAACACCAGAUCCAGAAAAUCCUGGACGAUCCGACGACACCUGUACCGGGGGAGGAGAAACUGGGAGCACUGACCGCCGGAAACAGGGUUCCCUGGGCCCGUGCGAGGAAGCAGUACUUCAGCUCAGGGGUAAAUAAACGUUCUCUGGACUGCAUUGAGAAAGCGGCGUUCUUCGUCACUCUGGAUGAUGAAGAGGAGGGGAUGAAGGGCGAUGAUCCGGCAGGGAACCUGGACCGCUACGCUAAAUCUGUCCUGCACGGCAAGUGUUAUGACCGAUGGUUCGAUAAGUCCUUCUCUGUGGUGAUUUUUAGAAAUGGGAAGACGGGUCUGAAUGCUGAACACUCCUGGGCUGAUGCGCCUACUGUGGCUCAUUUAUGGGAGUUCACUCUGGCCACAGAUACUUUUCAGUUAGGUUAUGACACAGAUGGAAACUGUCGAGGUGAAGUGCAGCGCUCUCUACCUCCUCCUCAACGCCUCAGCUGGGACAUACCACCAGAGUUGCAGGAGCAGAUGAACGUGUCUCUGGACGUGGCUCGAGCUUUGGCUGAUGAUGUCGACUGUCACGUGUUUCCCUUCAGAGAGUUUGGAAAAGGCAGAAUUAAAAAGCUGAAAAUCAGCCCAGAUGCUUUUAUACAGAUAUCAUUGCAGCUGGCAUAUUAUAGGGACCAAGGAGGUUUCUGCCUGACGUAUGAGGCUUCAAUGACACGUUUAUUCAGAGAAGGCCGCACUGAGACCGUUCGCUCCUGUUCUAAUGAGAGCUGUGCAUUUGUUCUGGCUCUGGAGGCCGGAGAGAGGCGGGAACAGUGCGUCUCUCUGAUGCGUAAAGCUGCUGAAAAUCAUCAGAAUCUCUACAAAUUGGCCAUGACGGGUUCCGGCAUCGACAGACAUCUCUUCUGCCUCUAUGUGGUCUCCAAAUACCUCGGGGUCGAGUCUCCGUUUCUCAAUAAGGUGUUGUCUGAACCCUGGCGUCUCUCCACGUCUCAGACCCCGGUGCAGCAGCUGGAGCUUUUUGACCUGAUUAAUCAUCCUGAAUUCAUCUCACUGGGUGGAGGCUUCGGCCCGGUGGCUGAUGAUGGUUAUGGCGUGUCCUACAUCAUUGUUGGUGAGAACAUGAUCAACUUCCACGUGUCGUGUAAAAACUCCUGCACACACACAAACUCGCGCAGGUUUGGCUCUCAGAUCAGUCGAGCUUUAAAGGACCUGAUGUCUCUGUUCAGCUCAGACUC